UCUCUCUCUCCCUGAAGCACGGGGGGAUUGUGGGAGGAAGCGGAGCGGAGCGCAGACAGACGCCCAGCGAACAUGGCUGCACCAUGAGCCUCCUCCUCCUCCUCCGCCGCCGCCGCUGCCGCCUCCUCCUCCUCCCUCGGCGGCCUCAGCGCCAACGCCAGACCGAGGCUUGAGCCGAGGCCGAGGAGGAGGAGGAGGAGGAGGAAGGGGAGGAAGAAGAGGGAGAGGGGAGGAAGAGGAGGAGGGAGCCCCUCUCCUCUCCUCCUUCCUUCCCUCCUUCCCUCUUUCCUUCCUUCCCUCCUUCUUCCUUCCUCCCUUCUUCGCCCAUCUCCUCCUCCUCCUCCUCCUCUUCUCGCUCGGGGCCAGGCGAGGCUUCCAGAGGGAGACCCGCACAGAGAAGGCAGGGGAGCCGUCGGGAGGGAGGCUGGCCUGGGGCUCCUUCCUCCCUCGCUCCCUCCCCAUGGAUAGGAACUACCCCAGCGCCGGCUUCGGGGAUCCGCUGGGCGCCGGCCCGGGAUGGAGCUACGAGCGCUCGGCCAAGGCCAGCUUGGUGUACGGCGGAUCCCGGAGCUCACACCCAGACACAGAUAUCUUACACCGCCAAGCAUACGCCACCCCUCAUCCUCUGCAGGGCUACGCCACAAACCACCACCCGGCAGGUCUUUCUGGCCUGUUUGAGACAGGGCUCCAUCAUGCCAGCAGUGCCACACCAGACGCCUCGGUCAUGAACCUCAUCUCAGCGUUGGAGUCACGGGCACCGCAGCCAGGCCCUUCUGCUUCUUCCCUUCUCUCCCAGUUCCGCACCCCAUCUUGGCAAACAGCCAUGCACACUCCAGCGCCUGCCGAGCUCUUCAUCUCAGGGGCCCUCCCAGGCUCCGGCACCUUCCCUUCAUCCUCGGCGCUUUCUGCUUACCAGCACCCGGCCUCCUUCAGUGGGCGCAGCUUCCCAGUCACUUCCUCACUCACCCUGCAAGAUGCCACCUUCAGCCCAACCUCCAAUGGUCUUUUGUCUCCUCAUGAUCCUUUGCUUCACAUCAAGUCCUCACAGCCUAGUGUCCCUUCAUCGCUCAGCUUUGACCGGCUGGGCAGUGCAGUGCUGGGUACAGGCUUGCCCUCCCAAAGCUCAGCUUAUCGCAGUGCUCAAGAGUCGGCAUCCCGUCACCUCCCUUCCCAAUUCAACCUCCUUUCAUCUUCUCUCGGACCAUCUGACCAGACGUCCCAGCUUUACAACACCUCUGUCUUUUCAAGCUCACCUGCCUCCUCCAUUGAGCGGGCCAUCCCUCGGCAGGACAGUGUGAUCAAACAUUACCAGAGACCCUCUAGCGCCCAGCCGCAGCUGCCUGCCGCCCACUCCCUCCAGCAUUACCUGAGCUGUGGGGGCAGCUACCAGCAGAUGCCCCACCGCUCCAGUCUUUCCUGCAGCCCCUUGGGCGAACAGUCCCCUGCCAGCAGUGAAGGUUCCCAGCAACAGAAGACCCCACAGGCCACACGGCAAGAGCCCUCCCAAAGUUACCGUCCCAUUAUUCAGUCCCCUGGGUACUCUGGCACAACCUCCUCUUCAAAAUCCAAGAGCUAUUCCGCAUCCCGCCAACCACCUCGUUCCACCGCCACGCCCAAGUGCCAAAGCAACUACAGUUCAUCCACCCCCAAGCCUAGCUCUGUCAUCGCAAGCCAGUCCCAGGCCUAUUCUCCCGGACAGCCCCAGAGCCUGCUUUCCAUGAGCCAAACUCAGAGUUACUCUGUUAGCCAGCCUCAGAAUCUCUCUUCAGUUAGCCAGGCCUCGCAAGGUUUCAGCAGCAAUCAGGCCCAAGACCUCACAAGUGUGAGCAAAGCUCAAAGCUACUCAACCACUGGUCAGGCCCAACAAGGGCAGGCUGGCCAGGGUGGGCAAGGGCUGCAGACCUGUCAGAAUCAGACUUACUCACCUGAGCAGCUGCAAGGCUUGUCAUCAGUUGGGUACAGUGUCCAAGCUGAGCCCCAUGUCUCUGUCAGCCAGACGCCGAGUUAUGUACCAGCUCAUUCACAGGGGAUGCCCACAGCAAGCCCAUCAUUAAGUUACAGCACUGGCCAUUCACCAGCUAUGCCAGGCCACAGCCAGUCCAUUGGCUAUUCGCACAACCAGAGCCUUCCAGACUCUAGCCCUUCACAGAUCAUUCGGCCUCUCCAGUCACCCACUGCUAAUCGGCCACAGAGUGUGGCGUCACCUGGUCAGUCUCAGAAGUAUCUCACUUCUGUGCUUUCGCCUUCCUUCAUGCAGUCAGCACAUACCCAGAGCUACCAGAGUUCCCAAGGAGGGUUGGAGAGGGCAUCAUCUUAUGGUAAAUCCAAGGCUGACUCAGACCUGCUGUCAUCUGAGCGGACGGAAGAUGAGGAGUUCUUGAUCCAGCACCUACUGCAGUCACAGAGCCCACCUAGGGUGCCCACGGAAGGGAUGGUAGAGUGUGAAGAGAGGGCUGGGAAAGGGAUGGGGUAUGAGCUGAGCAAGACAGAGGAGCGUUACCACUUGCAGAGUGUCAUCCGGACCAACUCUAACCUGGACAACCAGGGCCUUGAGAUGUCACUGCAGAGUCUCAAGGACAAGAAGAAAGGAGAGAGGGCCAAGGAGUAUUCACACACACGCUCAACACCAGAGUCUUUGGCCACCUCUGUGGUCCAUUACAGCCAUCAAGCUGGUUCUAUGGACUCUUAUGGGCAAGAGAUCAAGAAAUCAGUGGAACAGCACCUCCAGGGAGGCCACAUGGACACAAGUGGCAAGGAGAUUUCCCAAGCCCACUCCUAUUUGCAGAAGACUCCUGAGCAUGCUUCACAGCCUCACCCCAUGGAGCCCCAUGGACUGAUGCCUGGGCAGCAGGGUGCCACACUGAUGUUGGACUCCCCUCCUGAUUUGCCCUCUCUCUCCCUUUCACAACAGCAACAGCAACAGCAGCAGUCCCAGCUGCUCCAGUCUGUUUUGACACACACCCAGAGCCAGCUGCACUCACGUGGGAAGGUUCGGACCCCCCUGGACGUCCACUUGAUGGAGCCUCAGCGCAUGCACCAGGCUGAAGCACCCUCGCCACAGCUUCAGAUGCAGGCGUUAGAGGCCCACCUGCACCAGGCUCAUGUGCGUUCCCAGAGUAUGGAAGCACAACUGCUCGAGUCACAGCAGUCACCGCAACUCCAGGGUCAGCUCCAACCAGAGAGGAUGCAGUCUGAGGGCAUGGAGGUGAUGCCCCAGGGCAAUCUUUCCCAAUCACAGGAGAUCCAGGACUUCUUGGAGCCAGAAUUGAGCUUGGAAUCUCACCUGGGGCAAAGCAGUGCGGUGCAAAAUCAGCAGCAUCUUCUUCCUGAUGCUACUUUGGACCCAGACUCUUCACAGCAAGUCCCUCAAGGGCAACUUGAGGGCAAGGACCAGUUUGAGAGCCCCAGCCCACAAGGAGCCAAGCAGCGUUUUGUUCCCCUGACCUCCAUCUGCUUUCCGGACUCCUUGUUACAAGAUGAAGACCGAAGCUUCUUCCCAGGCAUGGAGGACAUGUUUGGCCCUCCUCCCUGUGCUGGAGAUGAGUUUCCCAAGCCAGAUGAUGGCACACAAGGCAUGGAGAGGGGCGAAGGGAUGAAAGGAGGGGGCUAUGACAUGAUGCAAGGAGGGCAAGGAUACCAGAGCUACUGCCAGUCUGAAAGUGGGGAUGGGCAGCACUUGGGACUAGAUUCUGUUUCAGUCAAGCAUGAAUUGCCUUCAACAGUGAACACGGAGCAACUGGGGCUAAUCCAGUCUGGCCAGCACGGGACACCUCCCGUUUCAGAAUCCAAGUCGGGCCUGACGUCACCAAUUUUUUGCUCCUCCAAACCCAAGAAACUGCUGAAGACGUCAUCCUUCCACUUGCUCAAGAAGCGGGAACCGCCGUUCCAGCCACCCAAAAAGAACUAUGCCCAGGAGUAUGAGUUCGAAGAUGAUGAGGACAAGGAGGAUGUUCCGGCUGACAUCCGCCUCAACAGCCGCCGCCUGCCCGACUUGCUGCCUGACCUAAUUUCUAGCUGCCGCACCAAUCGAACCAGCCUCAGUCCCAUGGGAGACAUAGACUUCUGCCCACCUAACAGUGGCCUCAUGGAAGGUCCCAAACGACGGGGCCGCAAGCCCACCAAACCCAAGCGAGAGGGUCCGCCCCGUCCCCGCGGGAGACCCCGCAUCCGGCCGCUGACCGAACCACCCCACGGCGUGGCUCAUGAUGGCACCAAGAAACCCCGUGGCCGGGGGAGAGGGAGGGGCAAGAAAGCUGGGGAGGAGGGGGUGGAGCCAGGAGGAGGCUUGGAGUCACUCAAACCUCUCAAGAUCAAGUUGCCAGUUCCAAAAGGCUUGGAAGGUGCUCAACUGGAGGCUCCUGCCCCAUCUCACCAGCCCACUCAAGAGAGCAGUUUGGAUAGCAGCCAGACUCGAGAGAAGAUCAAACAGAAGAUCAAGGAGGUGGAAGAGAAGCAACCUGAGAUGAAGUCAGGGUUCAUGGCAUCAUUUUUGGACUUCCUGAAGUCAGGCAAACGUCAGACGCUGCCUUCAUCAUCAUCAUCCACCUCAGCAGCCACGGUUGGGCCACCGGGGUCAGCACUUCCUGUGGCCUCUUCAGGAAGCCCUUCCAAGACGCCACGUCCUCCAUCAGCUGCAUCCUCCUCUUCCUCUUCCCAGCCCCCACCUCCUUUCAGCGUGGCACCUCCAAUGCUGUCUGGAGGGUUGGAUGGACCUGAAGGAGAUCCAGCUGGGCUUGUUAUGAGUUGUACCAGUCCUUGCAAGAGGCUGGACGAGGAGUUGAAACGUAACCUGGAGACACUACCCUCCUUCUCAUCUGAUGAGGAAGACUCUGUGAGCAAGAAUCAGGACCUCCAGAAGAGCAUUUCCUCAGCCAUCUCAGCACUCUAUGACCCCACUGACCGCAAGGAGGGAGAGCCAAGUGAUGUUCCACCAGUGGAAGAGAAAGCCCCCAGCCCGGCCCCCUCAGUGGAGGCAGAAACUCAGCAAGAACUACCCCCACCUCCCAUUUCCCCAGCUCCUUCACCCAAGGAGGCUCCACUUGUCCCAGAAGAGCCACCAGCCCAAGCAUCACCUGAACCUGAGGAUCCUGAGGACACUCGACCCCUCCAUCUUGCCAAGAAACAGGAGACGGCAGCCAUUUGUGGGGAGACAGAUGAAGAGGAGGUGGAGAGUGGUGGGGAGGGGAUCUUCCGAGAGCGUGAUGAAUUUGUCAUACGUGUUGAGGAUGUCCAGGCCCUCAAGCUUGCCCUUCAGACUGGGAGGGAGCCACCCCCAAUUUGGCGGGUACAGAAAGCUUUGCUUCAGAAGUUUACACCUGAGAUCAAGGAUGGACAGCGUCAGUUUUGCGCUACUAGCAAUUAUCUGGGUUAUUUUGGUGAUGCUAAGAAUCGGUACCAACGACUCUAUGUUAAGUUCUUGGAGAACAUCAACAAAAAGGAUUAUGUACGUGUCUGCUCCAAGAAACCUUGGCAUCGACCUCUGCAAGCUGUCAGGAGACAGAGCCAACCCAAAGCCUCUGGCCCCAAGGUCCCAGUGACACCCAAAGUUGAGAAACCUGAGAAGUUGGAAGUUCCAGAAAAGGCUGAGAAGCCAGAGAAGCCACCUAAAGCUGAGAAACCCCCCAAGACUGAAAAAGCAGAGAAAAUUGAAAAGCCCCCCAAGGCUGAGAAAGGGCCUAAACUGGAAAAGCCCCCCAAGGUUGACAAGGCUGAAAAGCCUCCCAAGGCAGAAAAACCGGCUAAGGCAGAGAAGCCCCCCAAAGUGGAAAAAACGGACCCCCCUGCUCCUGUACCUGCAAAACCUACCCCAGCCAGUGGAACUUCUAAACCCAAACCUAAGCCAGCCAAGGUGAAAGCUGAACCGCCUCCCAAGAAGAGGAAAAAAUGGCUGAAGGAGGCCGCAUCCUCCUCUGACUCAGAAUCCAGCCCUGACCAACAGAGCGAGGAAGAGCGUGUGCCGACAGGCCGUAUUCUCAAUACACGAGCCAUGAAGGAGAUGUACCGCAGCUAUGUGGAAAUGCUGGUCAGCACUGCCCUUGACCCGGACAUGAUCCAAGCUCUUGAGGAUACAAAUGAUGAACUUUACCUCCCACCCAUGAGGAAGAUUGAUGGGAUAUUGAAUGAUCACAAGAAAAAGGUGCUGAAGAGGGUGUCUCUCAACCCAUCACUACAGGAUGUGCUCCACACGUUUCCCCAACUCCAUGCCGAGACAUGCGACGGCACAGUUAAGUUGCGUCCGGGUGGUGAACCUUACAACCGCAAGACACUCAACAAACUCAAGAAGAAUGUAUCCAAACCGCAGGAAUUCAGUGUGGAAGUGGAGAAGUCCUUUUUCUACACUCUGUACCAUUCCCUUCACCACUACAAGUACCACACUUUUCUGCGUUGUAAGGAUGAGACAACAGCAAUCGAGGGUCAGGACGAGGACCUGGGACAGGAGGAAGUGGUGCAGCAGUGCAUGCGCAACCAGCCAUGGCUAGAGAAACUGUUUGACUCCUUCAGCGAGUUGCUGACUCAGGCGCAAAACAAAUGCGCAUGAUGCAACUGCCAGAGCCACGCCCCAGGAGGGGCUGCCGAAAGCCCACCCCUCUGCAGAGCCAGAGCACGAAGUGGGGAGAGGAAGGUCGAGGGGUACCAUUACAAGCAAUGAGUUCAGACUCAGUCACCACCACCCCUUCCCUUUCCAGGUUUUCUUUUUU